AUGGGGGUGGCGGGUGUGGCGCGUCCUGCUGUCGCCCGAGCGGCUCCUGCACCGCCCCCCCCCCCCCCCCCCCCCCCCCCGCCCUUUUCUCCUCUCUCUCUCCCUGCCGCACCCUGUGUUGGAGGGGGGGGGGAGCUUGGAGGUUCAGAGGGAGGCAGGAGGGGAUCUGCAGCACCAGCCCCCCCCCCGCCCCCCCCCCCCCCUUUCUCCUCCACCCCUGCUGCGGGUGCAGCAGUGGGGGGGAGGGGAUCUGCAGCAGCAGUGGGGGAGGGGAUUUGCAGCAUCAGCCCCCCCCCCCCCCCCCCCGCCCUUUUCUCCUCUCUCUCUCCCUGCCGCACCCUGUGUUGGGAGGGGGGGGGAGCUUGGAGGUUCAGAGGGAGGCAGGAGGGGAUCUGCAGCACCAGCCCCCCCCCCGCCCCCCCCCCCCUUUCUCCUCCACCCCUGCUGCGGCGGUGGGGGGGAGGGGAUCUGCAGCCCUGUGCUGCCCUGCAGCCCUGCGCGCCCUGCGCGCCCUGCUGUCCUGUCGCCCUGCGCGCACUGCAGCCUUGCGCGCCCCGCGCGCCCUACUGCCCUGUUUGCCCCUCGCGCCCUGCUGUCCUGCUGCCCUGCGCGCCAUGCGCGCCCUGCAGCCCUGUGUGCCCCGCGCGCCCUGCUGCCCUGCAGCCCUGUGCGCCCUGCUGCCCUGCUGCUGCCGCUACAGCCCUUGCUGUUGCCACUACAGCCCUUGCUGCUGCCCUGCGCGCCCCGCGCGCCCUGCAGCCCUGCUGCGCCCCGUGCGCCCUGCAGCCCUGCGCGCCCCGCGCGCCCUGCUGCCCUGCAGCCCUGUGCGCCCUGCUGCCCUGUUUGCCCCGCGCGCCCUGCUGCCCUGCAGCCCUGUGCGCCCUGCUGCCCUGCUGCCCUGUGCGCCCCGCGCGCCCUGCAGCCCUGUGCGCCCCGCGCGCCCUGCUGCCCUGCUGCCCUGUGCGCCCCGUGCAGCAGUGGGGGGAGGGUAUGGGGGUGGCGGGUGUGUGA